AUGUCUACAACUUACACUUUAGAAUUGAUUUCUGAGAUCAAAAACCAAUUGUUGGAUACUUCGGUUGACUCUGGGCAUGGUCAUUCCCGUCUUCUCCAGCUUGUGGAUGAACUUAAACUAGCUGUUGAAACACCUACAGAGACCAUUCUGCGUCUCAUAUAUCAGACCUUGGAAUCUUUCCAUUACUGGUCAACGCCGAAACAAAAAGCGGCAUUUCGGCCACCAAUCUCGCUAGAGACACUUGGGGGAUCGAGGAUUAACGGAUAUACCAAGACACCGCCCUGGAGGUCGGCACUAACAGGAACGGUGAACCGUAAUUCGCCUUAUGAGGGUGAUGACCGCAAUCGGGCUAUGCGCUACUUCGGAACCGGAGAAGACGUGAAGGUGUGCCUCGCAUGUGAGAAAGUCCCCCCCCCCCCGGCCCUAAUAUUGAGGAUUUGGAGAUUAAUAUUCAAUUUUAGCUUUGACCUGACCGUUCCGACUGUCUCCAAGCUUCCUGAAUAUUUCAACUUCACGGUUCCAGGAACCCCCAAGAAUAUUCUACUUCCCUCAUAA